AUGGAUGGUAUCCGCUCACUCCUCUCCAACCCAGCCUGGGGGAUCAGUUGCUGCAUCAUUCUCAUCGUCCUGGCUAUAAUCAUCCACGAUGUGUACUUGUGGAAGUGCUUGCCUCCAGGCCCUUCCCCAAUUCCACUGAUUGGAAACAAAUUCCAAAUCCCUUCCAAGCACCCUUGGAUUAGGUUUCAGGAAUGGUCCAAAAUAUAUGGCCCAAUCUAUACCAUCUGGCUGGGCCGUCGGCCCACGGUGGUGAUAUCUGACCCGGUGAUCGCCUCCGAGCUCCUCGAAAAACGCUCUACAAAAUACAGCACACGGCCACGGUUUGUCACGAUGGGUGAAAUCUACUGGGAUAUGGCCAGCAUCCUGGUUCAACCGUAUGGCAAGGAAUGGCUCAUUCGCCGGCGGCUCCUGCAUUCGGCCCUAACGCCCCGAGCGCUAGACAACUACAAGCCAUUGCAGCAGGCGGAGUCGAGUCGAUUAUGCUACCAGCUACUAGAAUGUUCGCAUGAAUGGGAAGCACUGUUCGAUCGGCUCGCAUCGUCUAUUGUCUUUGCCGUCUCGUAUGGGCACCGUGUCGACAAUGCCCAGUCGCCGGUGAUUAAACAGCGGCUUGAAUUCAUGCAGUACGCCUCCAGCUUGAAUGUCCCAGGGGCAUACCUGGUCGAGUCCUUCCCGAUGUUGAAGUAUCUACCGGAUUGGAUUGCACCAUGGAAGGCGGAGAUCAAACGCCAUGGUCGUCUCGAGGCUGAGGCAAACAUGAGACUUGUUCGGGUGGUGCGACAGGAUAUUGAGUCCGUGAAACAGACCCCAGGAGCAGAGCCUCUUUUCAAUAGUUUAACCAAGCAGCUGCUGGAGACCAGAGAUUCGGACUCGAAAGCAUUUCCGUUGACUGAGCGAGAUUUCAGCUACAUUCCUGCGUCCCUCUUCGGUGCCGGAUCCGAUACCACGUCUUCCACUUUAUGUUCAGCUAUGCUAGCGAUCGUGACAAACCCCACAAUGCUGGAGAUAGCACAGGCUGAAUUAGAUACGGUGGUAGGGCCUCAUCGAUUACCUACGUUUGAGGAUAUACCCAGCCUCCCAUAUCUAUGUGCACUUUGCAAGGAAGUCCUGCGCUGGCGUCCUGUGGCUGUAUUGGGUGGCACACCACAUGCUUGUUCCGAGGAUGAUUAUUAUCGUGGGUUCUAUAUUCCUCGCGGAACGGUGAUGUUGGGAAAUUCGUGGGCAAUCAAUAUGAACCCUAACUAUUAUCCGAAUCCGGAUCGGUUCAAUCCUCUUCGAUUUCUAGGCAUGGAUCCGCAUCUGUUGCCCUAUCUCCCGAAGGAAUACAUCGCAUCGGUUGAACAAGAAAAGGGCUCUGCGCAUCCCAGUAAACUUGGUCAUAGUUCAUUCGGCUGGGGUCGUCGCAUCUGCCCUGGCGCAGAUCUUGCAACUAACACUCUACUCAUUACGCUGAGUCGGCUACUGUGGUGCUUCCAUAUUCAACCUAUUCCUGGGCAAACCUAUGACACAUUAGAUUAUACGAAUGGGUUCAACAUCAGGCCGCGGAACUUGCAUCUGAGCCUACAAGUUCGCUCCGAUCAACAUCGUCACGUUAUAGAAAGGGAAUACGAAGCUGCGACGGAGUUUCUCAAAAGGCUUUCGCCCUUUGACGCAAGCAUGUUGUAA